AUGAUUAAGAGAAAAGCCGAAGCUUGUAACGAUAUCAGAAUCAUAAAUAAAAAGACCAAAAGCCAGGAUCAGAAUCAUGACAUUCAAAACCAACAUGGUACUGCCGUGGUCACACGCGAGUUCGAAUUACCCGACCUUGUUGUCUCCCAAGUUCUCCUUCUCCUCCCCACCAAACUCGCUGUUCGGGCCAGCAUUCUUUCCAGGCAAUGGGAACGAGUGUGGUCUUCGAUCCCAGUCUUAGUUUUCAAUGAGUAUGAGGAGCCAGGCAGUGAUUGGCACACCCUCGAGCACAAAUUGUUCAUUGACUUCUUGAAAAAGUGCUUGAAGCGUCGCGAGAAAGAUAAAUACACCGUGGACAAGCUUACGCUUCACAUGAGGUAUGGCGGAGGGAGAGGAAGCACGGCUAUCAUAGAUAAGUGGACGAGUUUUGCUGUUGAGAGAAACAUUAAAGAGAUAGACAUCAUUCUUAAGAGAAAACUUGGCCCUGAUAAAAAUGCCAUACACAAAUUAUCGCAAACCAUUCUCAAUGCAAAGUCUUUAACUACACUAAAUUUAGAGAAUGUGAGAAUAGUGGACAAUAUGAGUUGUAUAAGCCUUCCGUCUUUGGAAUCUAUGUCCCUCACGACCGUAGUGUUGAGUAAACUUGGAUUCAUCCAACUAAUUUCUGGGUGCCCUUCCAUUGAGUAUUUGUCAUUAAAUCAAUGUAGAUUAAAGGAUGAUGUGAAGAUUUCGAGUUUGAGCAUCAAAUCCUUGAAAGUUGUUCAAUGUAGCAUCGUGGGAAUGGAAAUUGAAGCUAUGAAUCUCGAAUAUUUUUUAAGUUGCUACACGUCCAUGAGCAAAAUCAAUAUUGCCUCUUGUCAAACACUUAGAAAUCUGAACUUCUCUGAUAGAUGCUUGGAAGGUGCCUGGUUUGAACAUGGCCUUGAUUCAAGAUUUCCACUCUUGGAGAGUUUAACAAUGAAUAACUGCAUCAUCUCAUCGUCAAUCAUUAACGUCGAUAAUCAGCAGCUGAAACACAUUGCACUUUAUGGAUACGACAAAAAUGUAGCAAAGGUCACGCUUAGUACUCCAAAUCUACUUUCUUUCGAGCUCAGUACUGCAGGUUAUUUGUCUUCAGCUCAAUUCGGUACUUUGGUGUCCAACUUUUCUAUCAGUGCUCCAAAGUUGUUAGAGGCUAUGAUCAUCAUCAACUUCGAUCCGAUCGUCGAUUCUUAUUCGUCUUCCAUGAGAAAAUUUCUUGGGAACUUUGAUUGCUCUAGAAAAUUAAAUCUUUCCGUUAAUGCCGCUCAGGCUCUUAUAUUUUCGGAAGAAACCAGAAAGACAUGCCAGCCACCGUUACCUACUGUCGAGCAUCUUGAGGUACAAACAUAUUCUUCAGCAGACGUGAAAGAGGAGGACUUGGGGAGCUCCUUGGAGUGGUUGGCACCAUCUGUGGAUAGUCUACGCGUCACUGUGUAUGAAGAAAAUGAAACCUUUACACAUGCGAAACUUAUGAAGGCAGAUGCUUUGAGCUAUGUCGGGUUAAAUUGCAGGGAUGACUCAUCCGAAUUAUAG